ACCAUUAACUAAAUCCAAAUCUCUCCUCUUUUUCUUUUCUUUGAGUAUUAGAAGAGAGUAUAUAUAUAUAUAUAUAUAUAUAUAUAUAUAAUGGAAGUAAAUAAUUAUUUGAAGAUGCAGAAGAUGAUGAUGAUGAGCAAUAAUACUAAUAAAAAGGAUGAUCUUUAUCAUGUGAUUCACAAGGUCCCUUCUGGUGAUACUCCUUAUGUUAGAGCCAAACAUGCUCAGCUAGUUGAAAAGGAUCCAGAAGGGGCAUUAGUGUUGUUUUGGGAAGCCAUAAACUCAGGAGAUAGAGUAGACAGUGCCCUAAAAGACAUGGCUGUAGUAAUGAAACAGCUCAAUCGAUCUGAACAAGCCAUUCAAGCUGUUUUGUCUUUUAGAGGCCUCUGCUCUAAACAAGCACAGGAUUCACUUGAUAAUGUCCUCAUCGAUUUAUACAAGAAAUGUGGGAAAGUUGAGGAGCAAAUUGAGCUACUAAAACGAAAGCUUAGGUUGAUUUAUCAAGGAGAGGUUUUUCAUGGGAAACCUACCAAGACAGCUCGAUCUCAUGGCAAGAAAUUCCAGGUUUCUGUUAAGCAAGAAACAUCAAGGUUAUUAGGUAAUUUGGGCUGGGCCUAUAUGCAAAAGCCGAACUAUAUGAUGGCUGAAGUUGUUUAUCGAAAAGCCCAAAUGAUUGAUCCAGACUCAAAUAAGGCCAACAAUUUGGGCCUAUGCCUUAUGAAACAAGGCCGAUAUAGUGAUGCCAAUUUAGUUUUACAAGAUAUAUUACAAGGAAGGCUUCCGGGUUCUGAAGAUUCAAAGACACGUAAAAGGGCCCAAGAAUUGUUAAUGGAUCUUGAGUCAAGAAACCCUCCUUCGCCAUUGGAUCUAUUGGGCCUUGAUGAUGAUUUUGUCAAUGGGCUUGAGCAGUUGAUGAAUGAGAGAGGCCCAUUUAGAUCUAAAAGACUUCCCAUCUUUGAAGAGAUCACUCCAUUUAGAGAUCAAUUGGCAUGUUAAAUAGUAUGCAUGUAUAUUUUAGUUAUGGUUAGAAAAAUGUGUUGUGAUUCAAAAGAAUGGGAGUGUAUUGCUUUUUUGACAUUCAAGUCAUGGUAGAAUAAGUCCAUUUGUAAUUAAAUGUUGGACCCUUUUUGAAGUAGAUGUAAAUGUAAUUGACAAUUGUGUCAAAUUGUCCUUUUGUAUUUUGAAUUUCAAAACAACCAAUAUUCUUCUAUCAAAA